AUGUAUCACCUGAGGGGGCCUGUGCUUCUCCUCAUGCUGCUUGUGUUGCUGCGCUGUGCCACCACUGCCCCAAGCCACAGGUACUUCAGUCGAAGUUCAUCUGUUGAGAAGGAAAGGGCUGUUUCAGACAGUGAAGGCUGGUUAGCUCCUGGGCUAAUUUCUAACCCAUUCCUCAGCCUCAUGGGUACACAGUCGCAAAGGGGGAGCUAUGAAGCUAUGAAUAGCCACCACAUAGAGAAGAGGAAGUGUAACACAGCCACCUGCGUCACCCAAAGGCUUGCAGACUUUUUGGUCCGCUCCAGUAACACUAUUGGUACUGUCUAUGCACCAACCAAUGUGGGAUCUGCCACUUAUGGCAAAAGGGACCUACUGCAGCCUCCCAGCUAUCUGUCUUUCUAG